UUCUGCCGGCGUGGCGGGGCGGCUGCAUCCCUGCGGCGGCGCGGCGGCCCCGGAGCGCGGACAAAUAUCAAAAUGACGGACACUUCUGAAGCAGUACGGAAAUUCGAAGAGAUGUUUGCCAAGAGAUUCACAGAAGAGGACCAGGAAUUCCAGGAGUACCUAAAACGCCCUCCCGAGACCCCUCCAAUUGUCGAGGAGUGGAAUAGCAGAGCUGGUGGGAACCAAAGGAAUCGAGGCAACUGGGUACAAGACAAUAGACAUUUUAGAGGGGAUGGCAGACGGGGGUGGUCCAAUGACAGUCGAUCAAGUCAGUGGCACGGACGAUCCUGGGGGAACAGUUACCAGCAGCAGAGACAAGACCCCUACUACCUCCCACAGUAUGGACACUGUGGCUACAAGAAGCAGCCUCCCUAUGGAGAAGACUGACAGGACACCGGUGGUCAGCAAAGCCAUUUUCUCUGGGAAUGUGGCUCGUAAGUGUCUUCGGUUGGUCUGUUCCACAAAACCUGAGUUUGGAGAGCGGAUUGUUAUUUUUUUGAAACUUGAAUUGGAAAAAAAAAUUAGAUCUUACUAGGGAUAUGAUGGUCCCAGGAAAGGAUCCCCCGAGGUUGUGGAUGACAUCAUAUGCAUUGGACUUGGUUUAGUUUUACCUCUUUGACCUCUAGGAGUUCUCUUUGUUUCAUACAGAAAUUAAAAUUGUCAACUAGAAAAUGCAUUUACUUUGUUAGAUAAGGGGUUAUACAUAUGCCUGGAUCUGCUCACUCCCCAAAUGCGGUGAAAUUGCUAUGAUUGACCCAUGACUUGUAACACACAUCAGCAGUCAGAGGGAAAUUGUAGGGCUGGGGGCAGAACUGCCUCUGGAGGUGACGUGUCAGGCCCUGAAAAAAUAAAAGAGCUGGAGUCUCUUUGUCUUG